AUGCCAGCGCGACAGAGGAGUGCUGACAUUGUCAGCAAUCACGAAGCCCAGAAGAAUCAGCGUAACGCCACUCUAUACGAUGCUCUGAUGAAACGAAACUGGGUAAGCGCAAAGGCGCUCUGCCGGCAAUUUCCAGAGCGGGCGCUGCACAUACUCACAGUGCACGACGACACCGUCCUCCACUUGGUCGCUUGCGCCGAGCAACGCGAUUUGGCGAUAUACCUGCUACAUGACGUGCCGCAAGAGCAUCUUGACAAGAUGAUCCGCCAGAACCACGUCGGAAACACGGUCCUGCACGAGGCGGCCAUCAUGAGCGACAAGGCGUUGGCGGAGGAGUUGCUCUGGAGGGUGCCGUGUCUGCUCGCCAUGCGCAACAACCUCGGGGAGACCGCCCUGUUCCAGGCCGCGCGGUUUGGGAGGGAGGAGGUCUUCUGUUUGCUUUCCGAAAAAAUGUCAUCGUACGAUCGAGAGAGCCAGCAAACCUUCCUGCAGAGGAUCGAUAAGACCACAAUUCUUCACAUCGCAGUGCUGAGAAGGCACUUCGGUAUAGCCAUAAAAAUUACAGAGGCGUUCCCGCAUCUAGUUCAAAUUAAAGAUGGGGAUGGGAUGACCGCCCUCCAACUUUUUUCAUGUGAUGCAUCAAAUUUUAGUGAAGAAAGAAAACGAAAAGAACUGGAACAGGCUUCGAUGCUUGCGGAGGUAUUAAUUGAAGAGGAUAACUCUUGGGAGGCUACAUAUCCCGGGGUGGGCCAGAGUAAGGUCAAAACCCACAAAUAUGGUUUCACUUCUCAAGGUUGUAGGCCCAUGGAUAAAAGGCCCAUAGCUAUUGAUACCGCAAGUGGAGGCCCAAGCCCAUGGGCAGGGUGCCGAUUGAAGGUAAAAUCCCCCCUCUCUCAAAUUCCACUGUUUUUGGCUACCAAGGCAGGUUGUAUUCAGAUUGUUCGAGCAAUACUGGAAAAGUACCCUCAAGCAAUUGAAUAUACCGAUCAUUCUGGUCAGACCAUUUUGCAUUUGGCAAUCAAGUAUCGGCAGUUGGAAAUUUUUGAGCUGGUGAAGGAAAUGCCAUUGGCAUGGAAGAGGAUGAAAGAGAAGAUUGACAAUAAAGGGAACACCAUCUUGCACAUGGUCGGCAAAAAAAGAAAGAAUUAUGUGCCAGAAAAAAUGUUGAGCCCCCUAGAGCAUUUGUUGAGCCCUCUAAAUCAAUGGUUGAGCCCCCUAGAUCAAAUGUUGAACCCCCUAGAUCAAUUGCAGGACGAGUUAGAUUGGUUUGAUCAUGUGAAGGGUGAAAUGGUGGAAUCUCUUAUCAAUCAUCAGAAUGACAAUAUGCAAACAGCUGAAGCACUGUUUGAGAAUACAACCUUGGAACUUCAUAAUGAAGCCAAAGAUUGGUUGUACCGCACCGCUGAAAGAUGCUCUACUCUUGCAGCCCUCAUCGCCACUUUGGCCUUUGCUGCAGCAUACACAGUUCCAGGAGGUCCAAACCAAUCUACUGGUCUCCCAAUCCUCAGUUCUCGCCCAUUCUUUUUGGUUUUCACUAUGGCAGAUGGCCUCUCCCUUGCAUUUGCUCUCACCGCCGUGGUUAUAUUUCUGUCUGUACCCACAUCGCUAUUUCGCUUUAGAGAUGCCAAGCGUUCUCUUCCUGACAAGCUCACAAUGGGAUUUACAUUUCUCUUCCUUUCAGUGGUGAUGAUGAUGGUAGCGUUUGCAUCAACCAUGGUGCUCAUGAUCCAUCAAAAGGAUAACUGGGUUAAAAUUGUCCUAUGCUGUGUGGCUUACUUUAUGGUUGGUAUCUUUGCAAUGACGAAUUCCCAUAUAAUUUUAUCAAUUAAUAAGAAUAAACUCAAGAGGUUGAAACAAGCAUUUCAUACACCAGCUAGUUGA